GCGUCAUCGUCUUAUAGACACACAUACGUAAAAAUGCACUAUCAGACGGCGGCGUCAUGGGGGGGCUAUGUGACGACGGUGGUGGUCGGAGACCCAAUGGAGAGGAUAGAGAGGAUGGCGUCAGAGAACGCGGUGGUGAUAUUCAGCAUUAGCACGUGCUGCAUGUGCCACGCCAUCAAGAGGCUAUUCUGCGGCAUGGGAGUGAACCCCACAGUGUACGAGCUUGACGAAGACCCCAGGGGGAAGGAGAUGGAGAGGGCAUUGAUGAGGCUUCUCGGCUGCUCCUCCGUCCUGCCGGUGGUGUUCAUCGGAGGGAAGCUGAUCGGAACGAUGGACAGAGUCAUGGCGUGCCACAUUAAUGGCACUCUCGUCCCUCUCCUCAAAGAAGCUGGCGCUCUCUGGCUUUAGACGACAAUGCUUCUUUCUAACACAAACACGCGCUACUUUGCUCUCUGAGCACCACCGCCGGCCUCUCGUCUUUUCCGAUUUUCUUCUGUUUUGGUCACACUUAUCGCUACUACUGACUUUUCUGUCGAUCAUCCUUCUGUUACUUCAUUUCCAAGUUUUUCAUUUUUGUUUUCACCUUUGCCUUCGCUCGUUGAGGGUAAUAUUUGGUUUUGUGAUGCUUUGCUUUACCCUCCUUCCUCUGUAAAGAAGA